AUGCCUCUUUCCAGAAGUAGUUCUAUCAGUCUCACUCUCAACCUUCACGGUCGCAGGACUUCUUCGUCCACCAAGAGCAGCGUCAGUAGCCCAGGCCUUGACUUUUCAACUCCUUUUGGAUCCCCCACGUACCGCACCACCACUCUGGAGCCCAACCACAUCAUAGUCGAAGAUGAACAGAUGGACGACGAACGAUGGAGUCGGCUUGCUUUCUCCCUUGGUAUCCCUUUUCGAGACUCGUAUUGUACAAGUCCUGUGUCACAGAAGUUCGCCCAACAGGUCAGCAGCCGGCCAUCGGUGAGCAGCAAGGAGGUCAUAGAGCUCUUCAGUCCUCUACUGGCGUCAAUAGCCAAGGACCACGACUUGAUGAAAUACCGGAACCACCACCAAUUCAAUCGUGAGGGUGUACCUGACGAGAUUCCAGACGUCGAAGAGGAUGUGGUUUGGAAGAUGCAGCUCCCCACGCCCAAGCCCGCAUUCACGCUCGGCUAUGCUGCCAGUGCAUUCACAUAUGACGAAGUUGAGCUUCAACAAGGUGUCGUCCCCAGUAGCAGGAACAAACCAACCCGUCUCCACAAGCUCUCUCAACCUGUGCCAGAUGUCUACUGGCCAUUCUUCGUCGUCGAGGCACAGGGAGAGUCGAUGAAUGCGGCCAGAAAUGCUUGUGCUGGAUCAGCGGCGACGUGCAACAACGCAUUGAUGAUCUUCGCCGGCGUUGCGAAGCAACCGCAGAGAUAUUAUCGCGACACAGGCUUCCUCUGGAACCUGAACAAGGCGGCUCGGUCUUUCUCGCUCGCCAUCAACGGCAAGACGGCAUGCCUGAACACGCAUAAUUCCGAGGGCUGCCUACCGCACGCCAUGGCUACCAUAAGAACCUACCGACUUGACGAUGAAAGGGAGGUCUCCGCUCUCGCCUCCAGAAUCUGCAGCAUAAUGGUGUGGGCUGAGCACUGCCGACUUCAAGCGAUCUUGGAUCUUUUGGACGACUUCGCUGGUCGAGUUAAGCUUGCCAAGAAGAGCAUGACAAGACCAGAAGAGCCAUACAAUUCUGUUCAACUUUCAGAAUCCAAUGCCGUGUCCAGGACGCGCAAUGGCGCCGUCAAAAAUGUCAUCUUGGAAAGGUUGCCUCAUUGGGUCAGGACAUAG